GGGAACGUUACGUCAUUGAACUGAGCGCCGUGAUUGGACGACCUGACCUGACGUCAAGGAAGGGCAAAGCGAUUAGCGGAAAGAUGGCGGCGCCCUUGCUGGGUAUGUUACAAGUGUUUUAAUGACUGCCACUGAUAUGGAUACUGUUAUUAACUGCUGUAGACAGUAAACACGUGUUAUAGUAGAGAUCAGAGCAGCUCAGUCGUUGUUUUCAUUUUCUGCAGGGACAAUGCUGUAAAGUGUAUGUUUUACUAUUGAAUUGUUGGUGUGAAAUGAUUGGAGGUUGACAUACCCACCAUGGUUCCCUUAUAACAUGUAACAUAUAUAUAUAUAUAUAUAUAUAUAUAUAUAUAUAUGUGUAACAAGGGCUUGCACUCCUGGUUAAAUUCUUUAUGCUAUGUGCAGGUCUGGCAAAAUCAUGUAGAUACAGUAGAAAGGACCACACUCCAAGGUCUAAUCAAUAUAAAAGUCAACGUUUCAGCCCCCACAUGGAGCUUUCUUGUCCUGGUAAAAUUUUUAUAUGGAUUAAAUAAAUAAAAGUUAAAUUUUAUUUGAAAUCUAUCACAAAGACCUUGGAGUGCGGUCCUUUCUACUGUGUGUGUGUGUGUGUGUGUGUGUAUGUGUAUAUAUAUAUAUAUAUAUAUAUAUAUAUAUAUAUAUAUAUACUCUUACUCUCUCUCUCUCUCUCUCUCUCUUUCUCUCACAGCUGGGCAGUACAACUAGAGUACUGGUUUGCAUUUACUGUUUUCAUUUAAUUGUAUUCACUGCAAUAACCUGUAGUGGUUGUGGUUUUUGGAGGGGCCCCUUAAAGGGACACUCUCUAAGCAAUAUAACAACUACAGGGUGCUGGGAUGCUUAUGGUGUGAAGAGUCCCCAGUGUAAGUAUCCUAACUGUUAGCCAACAAUUUGCCUUCAAACAAGGGGCUCUACUUUCUCACAUCCUGAAGUAAAAGCCAAAAGCUCCUGCUAGGAACUUUACUUAGUUCUCCUGGACUAAGCCCUGCGCCAGUGGGCUAAGUUCAGCGUAGAGAGCUUCCAGCUGUGAGGUGACAGGGAGCAGAAUCUGGCAGACCCCAGGUAAGCAGUGAAGCCAUUAGAAAAAUAUAAAAGAACUCUGCUUUUUUCCAUAGUAACAUUAUGUAGUUGACUUAUUUGUAUAUGUUAUCAAUAGUAAAAUCAUCAAGAAAAAAAUGAACCGCAAAAGUGCUGGAAAGGUGGAUUAUUUUGAGGUAUUAUGGAAAAGGAAAAUAAUCACCAAUAUAAUACAUAUGAAGUGUGGCAUAAAACAUAUGCAUAAGACAUUGUGCAUGCACACAAAACAGGUAUGUGUACUUAAAAAGUAAAUCAGAGUUGUGACUAGAUUCCAUUUCUCACUGCUGCUUGUCUGUCUUCUCAGUAAGAAAUCUACACCUCUGUGGACUACAGAACAGGGCAGUGCUUUGCAUCACACAGAGAAGCUUGCAGACCAGUGCAUCAUUAUGUGCAGGGCAGGAAUUUAGGAUAAGGUGAGUUGUUUUGCUGAAGAAAGACCCAUCAUGUAUUUUUUUUUUAUCUUGUCUUUCUUAAUUUUAACAUUUUUUUUUAAUGCUUACUAAUAGUUGUAUUAGAAUCAUGACCACUAAGAUUUUGAGAUUUAACUUUUAUUAAGGCACUCUCCGUGUUGAAGAUAGAAUCAGGUUCAUAAAUGCAUACAUACCUGUAAUCACCACAACAGAGGUGAUAAAUUGUUUGGCAAAUUCAUAGAUUAGACGAUCGAUAUACUUGGAGAUUAUGUAUCUCGGCCAAGAUGGCCAUCUAAAAUGGAAGCAUGUAACUAGAUGACCACACCAAAAUUGUCAUUUUUAUUAUUGCCAUUUAUAUAACAGCAACUUAUUCUGCAGCGCCUUACAAUGUUAUAAUGCGGGAAGUUAACAAUAAAUGAGGCAAUUACAAAGUGUUACAGGAACAAUAGGUUCAUGAGCACCCUUCUCAAACAAGCUUAUAAUCUAGAGGGAAGCAUACGCACACAUAUAUUUAAAUACAUUUUGGUGCCCAGAAUAUUACUUUAACAUUUAUCUAAAUUUUUUGCAUAUUUUAAAUAGGGCAGUCUUAUUUAAAAUUUAUAAAAAUGUAUUUUGAUUCAUAUCUCCCAAAUUUUGGGGGAAAUUAUUCAUAAUAUUUAUUGUUGCAUUAAAAGCUGCUGACGAACCUUUGAUGUUAACACAAUCCCAUCAUUCACUAGUAUGGAGGUGGUGAAAAUGUUAGGCUCCAUAUGUGUGGGAGUGCUGCAAAUGGAGGAAGUCAUUGGAUUUUCCCAUUGGACAAAAAAACAAUAGUAGCAAGAGAGAAUUUAUGGUAAAACAGUUAUAAAGAGUAACAAUUAUACUUUUAAAAACUGUUAAGUACAGAAAAUGUUUUAUUUAGUCUGCAUAUGUGACACAAUCACUUUGCACUUUUGGUGUGAUUAUGUAAUAUACGGCACUUUUUUAAUUGUUUAUUCAAAGGGACUUUGUAGACACUGUACCUGCUUUAUCUCUACCUCUGCCAUCCUUUAUUUCUGCGUUUUUUGUUUUUUUUAAAUGGUUUAAUGCUAAACAAGAGUUCCUAUCUCAUUACACUAUCUAAUAUUUUCACAGACAUGGUUUUGCUCGCAGUGGAUCUGAAUAUGGCCCUUUGACUGACCUCCCAGACUGGAGCUUUGCAGGUGAUGUAAGAGCAGAGGGGGUGUUUAUAUGUAUAGAUAUGAUAGAUGGAGACAUAUAUGUAUACUGGUUAUCAUACCAGUAGAAGAUGUGUUGAGAUUACACAAACAAAUAAUAAGGUCACCUUUGUGCACUUAUUCUCUCCUUUUGUUCCAUUACUAAACCCGUCUUGAGACUUCAUUCAGGUUAUAUGAAGUUAGUGCUGGUUAUGUAAGUUGUCAAAAUCUAAAAAUGAUAAUUCAAUCAUGUUUUGUGUACCAACACCGCUUAAAGGACCACUAUAGUGCCAGGAAAACAAACUCGUAUUCCUGCCACUAUAGUGUUAAUAGGUCCCCCCCUCCCGCCGGGCUCUAGGGGGAGGAAGGGGUUAAAGGCUUACCUCUCUCCAGCGCCGGGCUCCCUCGGCGCUGGGGACUCUCCUCCCUCUUCCCCCGACUGCGCAUGCGCGGCAAGUGCCGCACGCGCAUUCAGACAGUCCAUAGGAAAGCAUUCUCAAUGCUUUCCUAUAGACGCUGGCGUCUUCUCACUGUGAAAAUCACAGUGAGAAGCGCGGAAGCACCUGUAGCGGCUGUCAGUGAGACAGCCACUAGAGGCUGGAUUAACCCAAAUGUAAACAUAACAGUUUCUCUGCAACUGCUAUGUUUACAGCAGGCGGGGUUAACCCUAGAUGGACCUGGCACCCAGACUGCUUCAUUGAGCUGAAGUGGUCUGGGUGCCUAUAGUGGUCCUUUAAGUGCAUUUGAUGUUGGCUUCAUUAUCAUGCUAUCAUUUCUUCACAUUCAAAUCUAAUUUCUAAGAAAGAAAAUAAGUUUUGCGUUUUUUUUCAUUGCAACUCCACCUGUUUAGAUACACCCCACAGAGAAACUGCCUUAAUAGCUGUAUUCUGAGUAUGUAACUAGCUCACCCGAUGAGAGAUCAGUAUUUCAGUUGCAGACAUUGCUCCACCCAUAGCCAAUUACUGUCAUGUUAUUAUUUAUCCUGUCUCCAUUUAGUUAGCAUGGUUUUAAAAUACAGAUAAUUAGACAGUGAUUGGCUCUGGAGGUAAAGUCAGUCAGUAUCUUUGCUCACACAGAGCCAUUCUUUUACAUUAAAUAUUUUAAUUUUUUAAAGCAAAAUUAAAGAAAUUUGCAGAAGUAGAAAAACACAGCAAGAAUAUGCACGUAAACCAUGUUGAUGCAUAAAGUGUUUCUUUAAGUAAGUAGACCAACAUGCUUACUUUGAGAAAUAAUGUGUUUUUUGUUUUUUUCUGUGAUCUAUAGAUGGACGCCCAGGUGUACCCUGGAAAGGACAGAUAAGGAGAAAAGAGGAACGUGAAGCGUUUGCUGUAAGUCUUAGGGGAAACUGGAGAGUUUAUUGUGUGUGAAACAAUUAUUCAUUUCUAUGUGUAAUGAGGAAUUUGUGCACAAUUUAACAUUGCUUGCAUAUUUGUCCGUGGCCGUAUAGCACUGCUAAGACAUGCUACACAUAUAAAAAUGCAACUAUGCACAUUUCUACAUAAUGGUAAAAGCAAAAUCACUGCAAUUGUCAUACAGGUUAAAGAGAACAAUAACAUAUCCAUUUAGUGGAAUGUGCUUCUGAGCCUGGAUGGCUAAUCUAUAGUAGAAAUCACACCUGGUAGUGUCAAAGCUGUGAUGCUUUAUCUGUCCUUGUGUUUGAGGAGGCUUAAAUUUACCUUUACUUGUGUCAGUGACACUAUGCUACUGAUUUUGUGCAUAUGUGUCCUUUUAGUUCAUCUGUGGAGUGUACAUCUUUGCAUUCCCUCUGCAAGCUUGGGGAGACUAUUACUACUGACUCCUCUUAAUGUUCUGUGUAUAGGAUGCUGAGCAUAUAGGUUGCUGAAGUUGUGCUUACAGAAAUCAAGCACAACCUGUGCCAUGUGGGAAACUGCUAUUGACUGUGUGAUAUUGUAAAUUAAUUUCUUCUUCAUUUUGUUUUAGCGACGGGUUAUCGUUCUUAGUACAGAAAUGGAAAAAGGCAUAAAAAAGUGGAAUGACAAACAGCAAGCUCUUAAAGACGAACAGAAACUUAAAGAGAAAAUGCAGCUGAAACAUAAGGCAAUUCACAAAAAGAAUGUUGAGCCCUAGUAGGCUACACUUAAUUAUCUGUUUAAUUCACUGUAAUCCAGACAAUUGUGAUCCAGGCUUUGGACUGUGUAUGUUGGCUGAACAGAAUUUUUAUUCCUACUGUAUGACAAGGUUUUUAAACCUACCAGAAGUGCUACGACCAUUCCCUGUAAGAACAUGUUUUGGGAGAUUAAAGUUGAAUUUAUUUACAAAAUAUUAUAUUACAUUUCUUUUCGUUAUAGUUAUCUUGAAUUAAUUGAGGGUAAAUAUGUAUUGACUUCUUUGUUCUAAAUCUGUUACUUUCUAUAAAAAAAAAUAAAACCUCUUUUGUUGUCUGUGCAGUGGUGGC